CGUUGCCGAACACUUUCAAACACUAUCAGACGACAUCAGCGUUACCUUCUGCAAUUGUAAAUUGGGAAAAUAAUUCAGAAAACCUGGACAAUUUUUGUGCUGAAUUGUCUGUACAAAAAAGCAGCAAGCGAAAUCAACAAGCCAGAAGAGCGGCAGAGUUUUUGGAAUUUACAAGAUUUGAAGACAUUUCCAUCAUGAGCGACGAUAAGUCCACCGAAAAAGAGAUGAAGCCUGACAUCCAAAAAGAAGAGCCAGAGCACAACCACAAUGCAGAGCAGGUCUCAAUGGAGGAGGAGGUCGCUACCUUUAUGGCCGAACUGUUUUCAGCUUGCACACAAUCGAGUGAUGACGAUUCGCAAGAGAACUCCAAGUCGAUUAAAGAUACCUCGGACGACAAUGAGAAGUGUCCCCCCUACGUGGAGCAGCCGGGCGAUUCGCAGAGUCCCAAAACGCAUGCCUUUCCAUAUCAGGAAUGUUCUGACGCCAUGUUUCACGGCAAAUUACUCGACUUUUCGCAGAGUCGCAAACCGCGAGGUUCUAAAGAUGAGAAAGGUUCGGACGACAAUGUUGAAUGUUCGCAUUUCGUGGAUCAGCCGGACGAUUUUCACUGCCAGGAAGUGUUGAUACCAAACACACAGGAGAACCACGAGGAUGGAUAUGGAAACUCAAGUUCUUAACGGCUAGGGAACCCUCUGAAAUACAACUUGUAUAGCAAGGGACUCGCCUGAAAAUAAGCAUAAAAUGAACGAAAAGUCGAGGACAAACCAAAAUAAUUAAAAGUACACUGGAAAAAUGUAAAUCGAAAAAAUAUAUGUAUUCU